UUUACCAAACACAUGGUUUUUUAAGAAUUUGAUACCGGUUUCGUAUUAUUUUAAGUUACAAAAUUAAAGUGACAGUUUAUUUUCUACUAAAAUUAUAAUUGAAUUUCACGUUUUACAGUUACAAAUUGAAAUUAUUGUGGAAUGGGAUCGCAAGGAAAACCAGUUCACGUGCCAAAUUAUGCAAAAUUUAUUAUUGGAGGACUAAGUGGAAUGACAGGGACAUUGAUUGUCCAGCCACUGGAUUUAAUUAAGAAUAGAAUGCAGUUAAGUGGAGAAGGAGGGGCGGAGAGAGACUACACAUCAUCAAUAGAUGCGACGCGUAAAAUAUUGAAACGGGAAGGAAUUCGUGGCCUAUAUUCUGGUAUGUCAGCAAAUCUGUUCCGACAAGCAACGUACACUACCCUACGCAUGGGCAUGUAUCAGAUGACAUUGGAAUAUCUUUACAGUAUUGGAUAUUCAGGACUGACGCCUCAAGUGACAUCGGGAUUGUUGGCAGGAUUUGCCGGAUCAUUUAUAGCUACGCCAUCUGAUGUGGCUUUUGUUAGGAUGACUGCAGAUGGAAAGCUACCUCCUUCAGAGAGACGAAACUACAAAAAUAUAUUUGAUGCCCUCAAACGUUUAGCUAUCGAAGAAGGGAGAAAAGGAAUGUUUGCUGGGCUCAGUCCUACAAUUUUAAGGGCAAUGUUUGCUAAUGUUACACAGCUUGUCAGCUACACUCGGGCGAAAGAUUUUCUUAUAAACAAUGGAUACAUGGAGGAUGACAUAAAUUGCCACUUGACAAGUAGUGUAGUCUCUGGAAUGGUGUACUCUGUUUCAACGAUCCCACUAGAUGUUGCAAAGACUAGGAUUCAGCAAAUGAAGUCAUCUGAAGCAGGAAUUCCAAUGUAUAGUGGAUUGGUUGAUGUUUUUGUGAAGACUGUCAAAAAUGAAGGAGUCCUAGCACUUUGGAAAGGGUUUGGCCCUUUCUACGUAAGAGUGGCUCCAUUUACUAUUAUACUAUUCGUAGUUAACGAACAACUCCUAGCAAUGUACAAACAAUACGUUAUCGGUAUAUAAUAAUAAAUUGUUAGCAAAUA